GGUGCCCGCCCCACACCUACGCCCCGCACAGAGUAGGGACAGAACGCCAGGUCAAAAGGGACCAACCCUCGCGAGAUCUCGUUCGCUCAUACGCAGUGGACCUCUCGUGCCGUUCCACGUGUACGCCCGGCACGAGGACUCCCUUUUCUCAGUGGAACGGAGAGCGGUGGAGUCGUGCCAGUGAUGGGGAUCGGGGCGCCGAGGGGAAAGCCGGAGUAGUCAUGCGGGACCCCGUUGAGGGCUUAGGUGGGAGAGCGGGGGUCGAAGAAGGCGAGGAUGGCCAACGGAGGCCUCAAGCUCCGGAUGCCCAGGCUGGCUCUCGAAGUUCAGCGACUGAAGGUGACCAUGGCAACUUCCCUCGGAGUUGCCCACAGGACUCCGGGAGGCUGGCCGCUCCUAGGACCCCGGCCGCGAGCGGCCAGGCCGCUCUGGGUGGGCCGGGCCCGGGGAGUGCCGCAGGGUCCGGAGCGGCGGCUGCAGAGGCCGCCGUCAUCGCCCACGGCGAGCAGGCGCCGCUCGGCCCGGGACCCAGCGGAGACACCGCGUCGGCGACCGGGAGUCGGCUCCUGGAGUUCUCCGUGACGGUGCCUUUCCGGACCGCGGUGGAGGCGGACAUGGCCCGCAGGUCCCUGGUCGCCAACGCCCGUCGCCAGCAAGUGAUGGUUCAGCAGGAGUUCACAGUGAAUGAUAGUAUCCUGGCCGUUAGGUGGACCACCGAAGACCCCGUCCUCUUCCGCAUCUCCAUCAACAGUUUCCUCGACCAGCUCUCCCUGGUGAUGAGAAACAUUCAGCGCCUGGAGUUCGUGGCCAUCGUCAAACGGGGACGAGGAAGGAGUCGCGAAUCCUAACGCAUCACCGGAUACCGGAAAAGUCAGAAGCCUUUCCCGUCUCGAACGAACAUCAUUCCGAACUGGGACCUCAGCGCUCCUUCGACGCCGUACGCCUCGCGCCGGUCUCUCGGUCGCAUCGUCUCUCGGCCGCCGAAGGAACGGGCGUUUACGUGUUAUGGAACAAAAUAAAAAACGGCAA